GCUGACCUCCCGAGGGAGGGACGGAAGACCAGGCAGGUCUGAGCCAGGUAAAAACCCUUGGGUGAGGUCCGUAAAAGAUAAAGUCAGAUCUCAAGGACAGAGAGCUUUAAACAUUUCUGGGCUCUGAGUCGUUUCCCUAACAAGUGAGAAAAUGAAGACGUGGAUGUACAAAAAUUCCACGGCCUUUAAGCUCACGGUGGGGGUAGGGGGCAGAGAAGAGGCGGUCUGCUGCCAAAGGGUAGUUCCUUGUACCCGGCGAACUCAGUAAAGUUCACUCGACUUUUGCUACAAACCUGCAACACUGGGGUUGGAGGUAAACUGGUUGGGGUCGAAUUCAGAACUGGAAAUUCCAGGCGGCCCAGAGAAACGACCAACCCUAUCCGCGCGGCCCGAUCCCGCGAUCAGCCCGGGGGCGAGGGCAGGGUCUUGCGCAGCGCCCCGCCCUCGUCCGCUGGCCCCGCCCCCUGCCCCACCCCCAGGGGGGUGCGCGAGCCGUCUCCGCCCUCGCGCGGGAGCUGGGAGGCUGCGAGAGCCCUGCCGCAGUAGCUUUCUCUGUCGCCUCGGAGCCGCUCGAUCCUCAGCCGCCAGGAACCCGGCCGUAGAGGCUGCAGUCGCAGCCGGGAGCCCGCAGUCCGCGCCCCGAGCCCGCCUCCGUCCUCCGAGGGCGCCCCAGGCCGCGCCAUGGUGAAGGUGACGUUCAACUCCGCUCUGGCCCAGAAGGAGGCCAAGAAGGACGAUCCCAAGAGCGGCGAGGAGGCGCUCAUCAUUCCCCCCGACGCGGUCGCCGUGGACUGCAAGGACCCAGAUGAUGUGGUACCAGUUGGCCAGAGAAGAGCCUGGUGUUGGUGUAUGUGCUUUGGACUAGCAUUUAUGCUUGCAGGUGUUAUUCUAGGAGGAGCAUACCUUUACAAAUAUUUUGCACUUCAACCAGAUGACGUUUACUACUGUGGAAUAAAGUACAUCAAAGAUGAUGUCAUCUUAAAUGAGCCCUCUGCCGAUGCCCCAGCUGCUCGAUACCAGACAAUUGAAGAAAAUAUUAAAAUCUUUGAAGAAGAGGAGGUUGAAUUUAUCAGUGUGCCUGUCCCAGAGUUUGCAGAUAGUGAUCCUGCCAACAUUGUUCAUGACUUUAACAAGAAACUCACAGCCUAUUUAGAUCUUAACCUGGAUAAGUGCUAUGUGAUCCCUCUGAACACUUCCAUUGUUAUGCCACCCAGAAACCUAUUGGAGUUACUUAUUAACAUCAAGGCUGGAACUUAUUUGCCUCAGUCCUAUCUGAUUCAUGAGCACAUGGUUAUUACUGAUCGCAUUGAAAACAUUGAUCCCCUGGGUUUCUUUAUUUAUCGACUGUGUCAUGACAAGGAAACUUACAAACUGCAACGCAGAGAAACUGUUAGAGGUAUUCAGAAACGUGAGGCCAGCAAUUGUUUCACAAUUCGGCAUUUCGAAAACAAAUUUGCUGUGGAAACUUUAAUUUGUUCUUGAACCGUCUAGAAAAACAUUAUUGAGGAAAAUUAAUACCACAACAUAACCCACCCUUUACAUUUUGUGCAGUGAUUAUUUUUUAAAAUCUUCCUUCAUGUAAGUAGCAAACAGGGCUUUACUAUCUUUCAUCUCAUUAAUUCAAUUAAAACCAUUACCUUAAAAUUUUUUUCUUUCUAAGUGUGGUGUCUUUUACAUUUGAAUUAGUAACUGUAUGAAGUCAUAGAUAAUAGUACACAUCACCUUAGGUAGUAGGAAGAAAUCAUUUAUCUGGAUUUUUAUGUUUUAUUAGCAUUUUUAAGAAGAUAGAUUAUCUAAGAGAAUAAUCAUAUAUACGCAUACAUAAAAAUGGACCACCGUGACUUAUUUGUAGUUGUUAGUUGCCCUGCUACCUAGUUUCUUAGAGCAUUUGAGCACACAUUUUAAUUUUCCUCUAAUUAAAAUGUUCAGUAUUUUCAGUGUCACAUUUAACUAUUUAGAGAAUGAUUUCCACCUUUGUUUCAAUAUCCUAGGCAUCUGCUGUAAUAAUAUUUUAGAAAAUGUUUGGAAUUUAAGAAAUAACUUGUGUUACUAAUUUGUAUAACCCAUAUCUGUGCAAUGGAAUAUAAAUAUCACAAAGUUGUUUAACUA